GCUGCCAUUGCCAGGUGCAAGAAUAAUAUAUAUAUAUUUUUUUUCAGUCUAGCCUAAGGAAUCUACCCUCGGUGACUAAAUCGUGAUUCGUCUUGAGCUUUCUCCAGAUCUCCCUUCAUUAACUAUACUACUGCUACUACUACUACUAUUCAUCUCGCGUCCGCUCCAUCCCGCCCCGUGCCCGACAGCGCCGCUGCAGAAUCCAGCCGGGCCCAAUUCGCUGGGUCUCGUAGUAUGCGAGCGCCGCCUGGCCACUGUCGGGAGAAAAGCGACCAGCGUGCAGCUCUCCGGGUUCACGCCCACAAAGCAUGGAAACGCUCAUCAACCUCUAUCCUCAUUCAUGGACCAACGAACCCGCCUGCAGAAGGCGUGCGAUGCCUGCAGCAUUCGGAAAGUAAAGUGUGAUACCAGCGGACCACCUUGUCGGUCAUGCGCAAGCUUGGACAUACCCUGCACGUUUUUCCGACCAAGCCGUCGUCGCGGACCGCCGAAUCGGCAUGCGGAAGCAUUCAAGAAGCGCAAGCUCGCGGAAUCCUCACCUUCGGGCUCUCCAGGCCCGGCGGAUCCCACCUCACCUGUUCCCCUCAAUCCAGGAGGCGUGAUUAUACCAUCGCCUCCCUAUCCUGCAUCGCUGGAAGCCAUAUGUUCGAUGCCCACAAUCCGGCUGCUGAUCGAUGAUUAUUUUACCUAUAUCCACCCGCUAGUGCCUAUCCCUCAUGAGCCCACGUUUCGCGCGGCGCUGGAGCGGCGGGAGGACCUCACGAAUCGGACCUUUCUGGCUCUGGCAGCGGCCAUGAUCGGGACCUUGGUGGCCUCGUUUCCUCGGAGACCGAAGCGUCACCUCAAGACAGAUGCCGAGAAAGCGGCAUUCCCGCACUCUAUGGCACUGGUUAAUCGAUGCCACGAGGUGGCCGUGCAGGCUCGCGGUACCGGAUACCUCGAUCGAACUGCGACCGUGUAUGAUGCCGCAAUCAGCUACCUUCUGGGACUCUGCUCCUGCUACGCUUGGCAUAUUCGACGAUGUCGUGUCUACUUUGCCGAAUGCCUCACCAUGCUCCAUGUGUACGACCUUUACCGCCACUCGAACCGGUUAUCCUUUAUUACAAUCUCGAGUCCCAGGUCUGCCUCGUCGCACCUUUCCCAGGAACCGAAUGGUGGAUCUGCACAAGCCUCUGUCAAUAUGAUCGAACGAGAACUCGGCAGGCGGUUGUUCUACAUCAUCCUAGUCGGUUAUCGCACGAUGCAGCAACUGGGCGCAGGCGACACCAUCAUCCAUGUUCCGCCUGAAACCCCGACAGAACGCUAUCCUCCUCUCCCGCUUGAAGUCGACGACGAGUUCAUAUAUGCUACACACUCUGAUCCACAGCCGCCCGACCGCGUCUCGCGCAUGGUGGGAUUCAUCACCAACGUCCGCGUGAUGAAUUCGUAUAAUCCACUCUCCGCGUGGGAGACGGCAUUUGGAAGCGGCCAGAUUCUCGAGUGGGAGCGACAACGCUCUCUUCUGUGUCAAUGUCUGCAGAAUGCCAAGAUGGCCUUCAAUGGCCUUCCGCGAGAGCUGGUUAUUGGGGGGUUUCAUAGCUCGGCGCCCAGCAAGGGGCAAGAGAGCGCUAGCCCCAGCCCACUGUCUGGCGCGAGCGACUCCCAAUCUUAUCAGCGCCAUGUGCAGUUCGAGAUCCAGAAAGCAAACAUCUAUGCCAGUCAGCUUGCUGUACGAUCGUAUCUGGUGGAAAAGUAUUGGGCCCUGUACGGCGCUGUGAAGAGGCAUCAACAGCCGCCCGAGCUUGCUACUGGCAGUCCUUCGCCCAUGAAGAGUGAAGGCGGCCAACCUCAUGCCCAGGCCGCAUGGGACGCGGAUGCUCAAUCGGACUAUAUCGGAAGGACCAUGGCUGAAGAGCGACGGCUUGUGAUCCGCGACCUGUUCGCGUUGUUACAAUCGGUGAAUGAGAUAAACAUGGAGCCCAACGGCGCGAGCUUUACAGCGAAAGUCCGCCAGGUCGCCUCCACUCUGCUGAAUUUCUCGAACACCCACGCCCCCUCUACGAUCAGCGGCCCGCAACCCCUGACCAGCGCCGAGGUCGAGUCAUACCUCCGCGCUUUUAUCGACACGCUCAUGCGCCUGGAGGGCCUCGCUUCCUCGGAUUUAAACAAGGGCCGGCAGCCGCCGGACGUUUCCGGACGGUCCAUGAGCUAUCUGAGCGACCACGACCGGGACGAAGAGGAGCUGCGUCAGUGGGCGGGCAUCCACGAAUACCAAGCCAGGAUGGCUGAAGAGGGAGGAAUGUUUUUUCAACAAUAAAAUGGUUAGCGUCAGGAGCUCGUUGUUUUUGAGUGACACGCGGUGUUGUGGUUUGUUGAUGUGGGAGAUUUAGCAUGUUGUGUUUGGAGUCUGGUGGAGUUUUUGUUUUGCUUGAGGAGGAUGUCUGAAUUAGCGGCUGUUUGCUGGAAUUAUUAAUGUGAUACUAGUAGUUAUGAGGUAUGGGUGACUGUAAAAUAUGUAC